GUGGUUUUGCAUGAAUGCAAACAAAGUCAUUCAAGUUUUCGUCCAUUUCUCCGAGAGGCUCUGGCCUUCAUCAAAACAGAUGUUUUUCCGGUGAACAAAACCGGGGAAAACACAAUGACAGAGACGAAGAAUGAUCAAGACAAAAGCUUGCUUGUUGUGAAUGAGUCCAACGACGCUCACGUCAUUCUGUACAUUUAUUCUGGGUGGUCUCCAUUUUGCGCAACAUCUACUGUUUCGAAGAUUAUUCAACCAAAACAAAAAUAUCUUUAUCGUGAAAAAACAUCAUUUAAGUUUCAGCUUGUCGCCAAGUUUAAUAAUAAAGAGAAAGGAAACGACUUGCAGGCAAAAUGCGAGGAAAAGGAGAACGAAGAAGAGAAGGAAGAACAAAAGAAAAACGAAGAACGAGAGGGAAAAGAGGAACGAAUGGAAAACAAGGAACAAGAGGAAAACAAGGAACAAAAUGGCAACGAAGAACAAAAGAAAAACGAAGAGCAAAGUGAAACAGGGGAAAGGCAUGGAAUUGACAAACAGAAUGGAAAAGAAGGAAAAGGGAGAAAAGAGGGAAAACUGAAACGAAAGAAAGAAAACCUUCUUGGACCGCUAGAAUUAUGUGACGAUAAAUUAAUUAUGAUUACUGAAUCACUGAAAGUCAGGCAGGAAAAUCUCGCGGAUUUCCCAAACGAGAAACGAGUAUGUCUUAGAAAAAUUAACCGAGAGAAGGAGCUUGGAAAUGCAGCUGGCACACUUAGCCUGUACGAAAUUCUCAGUUUGGACAUGGAAAAAAUUCGUAGGUUGGAGAAAGAUGCUGCCAAUAAAGUAAUAGAGAAAGCAUUCAAAAACCAAAUUAGAAUUUGGCAUCCUGACAAAAAUUUCGGGGAUGGCGAGAUUGCUAUGCAGAUCAUUUGUGCGAGAGAAAUAUUAUUGGACGAUGCGAGACGAGCUCGUUAUCACAAUGGAGUCGACUAUGAUAAAGGUUGGUUUUCGUUCAAACGCUGGAAAUCAAUAUUUUGGCCUGAGUGUUGCAGUAAGGAACAAAAUGCGGCUUUUUGGCGUAGGAUUUGCAAGUCUGCAGUAUCUUUAGGAUUGGCUGUUGGCGGAGUUGUCUUAUCGGCUUGCACUGCUGGAACUGCCGCACCUGUAGUUGCGAUGUGUGGGGCGAUUUUCGGAGCGGGGUGUACAGUAGGUGGGGGACAAUCUUUGAUGUACGCUGUUAGUAAAGAGUCCAUUGUCGAUGGAUGCGAGACCAAGAAAUGGGCUGAAGAGACAGCAAAGGGCUUCGCCAUUGGUGGAAUUACUGGAGGUUUCGCGGCAGCAUACACUGCAACAACUGCAGCGGCAGAAGUGGCUACUAAUCUUGGGGAAAAACCGGUGGAAUGCGCGUGUGAAAUGGUGAAAACCGGACUGAAACGUAUCGCUGGUAACGUAGUGAAGGCAAUGCCUUCGAAGAUAGCGGGGACUACAACGCAGGGAAUAAAACAUUUUGCAUAUGAACGCCUUGACGAUUUCGUGGAAAAUCAACCUCCUUUAGACCAUUUAACGCGUGGAGUAAAGAAUCUGAUUUGUGAUGUUGCUGUUAGUGCUGUUUCAAAAGAGUUUGCUGUGGCGAAAAGAAUGAUAAAGGGUGAGCCGCAUGAAGAUUGCCCGAAGAUUAGCAAUGGCGGCAAGAUAGAAGCAUGUCUUGAAGCUGACAAAAUUUAUUACGACCUUCUUAAAUCAGGAACAAAGACAGCAUUGGAAGGAAUGACAGCGCUGAUGGAAAAUCGUUCAGGUGGAUCUGAGAAAAAUGGAGAUGAUUUAAACGACGGAGUUGGAAGUAAUGGAGAGCAAAAAGAACCUGAAAAGAAGCGGAAUAUCUCGCAACCGAGUAAUCUGAGUAGAAAUGAGACGGAAUGUGAUGCAUUGCAUGCAGCAAAUAAAGAGGAUGGUGAGAGACCUGACAAACAAACUGAUCAAACAAAGAAGACCAUUUGUGGAGAAGCUGAACGACAGGAACGAAUAAACCCAAAUGAACAGGGUAGUAAAAAAUCCGAUGAUAAAAAAGGUGAUAGACUAAACGAAAUGAAAUGUAAUGUGGUACUAACGGAGAAUGCGUUGGUUUUCGUCGAAGAUCACUUCGGUGAUUCGGAAACUUUCUCCACCUACCAACAAGGCUACAAAACUGAUGAGCAAGCUUGUAAUCAUGUACACUCGACAAAUGGUCAGGUAGAUGAAGAAGAAAUAGAUUUUGAAUUUUCGCAUGGCGGCGUGAUUAGGUAUAUAUCUAAAGGUGACUGGUACUCUAGGAUGAUCGUCGCCUUUAUUUCGAAGGGUAAAAGUUGUACAAGAAAAGUGAGCGUUAGAAUGAGAGUGUAUAUUCCCGCAGAUGCGACAAAUAUUGAAGUCAAAUUUCAGGUUUCGCGACCACAUUGGGGAUUCAUCAAGAAGUACGACCGUUUUAGCAAGACCUGGUGCCUACCUUACGAGACCCAUGUCUUCCGGUAUGACAGACCUCCAAUACGCACGUUUACUAUCAGCGGUAAUCUAUGGUGGGAGGCAGUCAUGACAGUCAGUGAUGAAUAUCAUGAAGAAACCAAGGAAAUGAGUUGAACACUUUUUACAGACAGAAUUCGAACGCAGGAAAGGCAGAAAUACACUUUAAGGAAGGUGAACGAAUUUUGCACUUGUUAUAAUCAAUACAAUCAUCCAAAAUCCUGCAUAAGACGACUUCGAACAAUGAAAACGCACUAAAUAAUUGAAUUUUUUUUCUAAAACACUUAAUUGGAUUUUUUUCUAAAACACCUAAUUUUUAAAUAAACAAAACGCCGCGUAGACACAGCGAAGUAAUCUAAAUGUUAUUAUAUACUCAGAAUUCAGACAGCACACGUAUAUUCAAAAAGUAUAGACGCUCAAAAUCGAAACAAACCGUU